AUGUCCAUCAUCCCACCUGCACCUUCGUCAAGUCGCGGAAAUAUUGUGGUGCAGCCCGCGUAUUUCACAUCAAAUCUUUAUGUGAAUGCUAUUCGCGAUGACUUGAUGACCUUGAGUCACAAAUACAUCCAACGCUACAAUGCCGAUUCCAGCAAACCAUUUCAGCUAUUCAAAGAUCUGUGGCAAGGGGACGGAUGGACAUGGCUGCAAUUCAAAGUAUUUGACCCCCGGGCGAGGGAAGCGUUUCUCGACGUGACACUGAGGGUAUUCAUGGAGGGUACAAUGCAAACCCAAUCACCAAUGAAACGGGUUGUAUCGUUGUUUGGAAUGUAUACGUUCUUCUACACGCAGCCCACCUCGACUGCGCCUCCAAUCCAUGCGGUGUCACGCAUCCCUAUACCGAUAGAUCUGCUGAGGAGCUUGGUCGCGAUGCCGACUUUUUUCGUCACGCAGCAACUUUCUCCACUGCAACCGUAUGUGACCUACGUGAUACAGGAGCUGAUGAAGGAUGAAGUUUUCGACAUUCUACCGACGUCAGAAUUGCAUCCCCUGAACCCCCGCGUGCUUCCUCGGGAAUAUUAUCAGGCAUUUGGGACCUUACCGUCGGUAAUUCUGGCGGGAAAGCGAAAGAGCGGAAGGCCAUCGAGACAUGAGAAAGCGAGCAAGGCCCAAGAUGCACUGGACAAGCUAGACAAAUGGCUGGUGGACACGUCGUAUACUCCUCCGGCUCAUGCAGAAUCAACGACUCAUCAGCUGCUGUCAACUGAUCCCGUCGAAAGUCGCCUCGAGUACCAAAAGGAUAAGUCCGAGCUAUUAAAGAAUCUGACGGUCCCUUCCCCUUCAAACGAGGCCGGCCAAUCGGCGUUGGAGCAUGCAAAUCAGUUCGUUCUGAUGCGAGUGCGAAAAUUGGAAGAAGAUGCGAAAAAGCGAGGGCUGGAAGUGGGCGGCGAAGGGGGGCAUUUGACGACGCUGGCUCGGGUGGAAAAGGCUGCAGCAGAGAUAAACAAAGGCGGCGGGGGUAUACUAGGCUUGUCAAAUGGCGCAGGAAAUUGA